AAUAAGGCCAGCAGCCAUCUUGGAAUACUAUUGUCACUUUCAGAAUUUUAACGUUUAAACAGAUAUUUAGCCACAUUUCCAGCUUUGGUUGAUAAUCUGAGGUAUAAAUAUGGAUGAAGAAUAUGAUGUUAUCGUAUUAGGAACUGGAUUGAAGGAAUGUAUUCUGAGUGGAUUGAUGUCUGUAAGCGGCAAGAAGGUGUUGCAUAUGGACCGAAACAAAUAUUAUGGAGGAGAGAGUGCUUCAAUCACACCAUUAGAAGAUCUAUUUAAGCGUUUUGAAAAAGAUGGCGAUGCUUCCCAAUAUGGACGUGGUCGAGACUGGAAUGUUGACCUGAUUCCUAAAUUCUUGAUGGCAAAGGGUCAGUUAGUCCAGCUGCUGCUCCAUACAGGUUGUACCAGGUACCUCGAGUUCAAAGUAAUUGAGGGAAGUUACGUCUAUAAAAAGGGCGGAAAAAUUCACAAAGUUCCUGCAGAUGAAAAAGAGGCUAUCACUACCAGUUUAAUGGGUCUCUUUGAGAAGCGCCAUUUUCGCAACUACCUGAUGUACAUUCACAAAUUUGAUGAGAAUGAUCCAAAGACGCAUGAUGGGGUUGAUGCCACCAAAACGACCGCUGAAGAAUUGUACAAAAAAUUCAGUCUUGACAAAAAUACACAAGACUUUGUUGGCCAUGCUGUUUCUUUACAUCGAAAUGACGACUACAUUAAACAACCAGUGCUAGACCAGAUACGCAAAAACAAGCUCUACUAUGAUUCUCUGGCUACCUAUGGGAAAAGUCCUUAUUUGUACCCACUUUAUGGACUAGGAGAAUUGCCUCAAGGAUUUGCCAGGCUUAGUGCAAUCUACGGUGGUGUCUAUAUGCUUGACAAGCCCUGUGAUGAAAUCGUUUAUGAAGAUGGCAAGGUGGUAGGAGUGAAAUCUGAGGGUGAAACAGCAAAGUGCAAGAUGGUCAUUUGCGACCCCUCAUAUGUACCAGGGAAGGUCAAGAAGGUUGGACAGGUUGUACGUGCCAUCUGUUUGCUGGACCAUCCAAUUCCAAACACUAAGGAUGCUCUAUCUUGUCAGAUCAUUAUUCCACAGAAUCAAGUAAACCGUAAAAAUGAUAUCUACGUUUGUUGUGUAUCAUAUACUCACCAGGUGGCAGUCAAAGGGUAUUUUAUUGCACUUGUCGCCACCACAGUGGAGACGGAUAAUCCUGAGAAAGAAUUGGAUCACGGACUUAACCUAUUAGGGCAAAUACGAGAAAAAUUCGUUAGUGUUAGUGACUUGUACGAGCCCACAGACACCGGUGAGAAUAGUCGCGUAUUCGUUUCAUCCUCCUAUGAUGCCACAACUCAUUUUGAAACUACAUGUCUCGAUGUGUUAGAUAUUUUCAAGCGUGCGACUGGAGAGGACUUUGAUUUCAGUAAAGUAAAGACACAAGAAGAAGCAGAUGAAUAAAAUCAAUGAAGUUCAUUAGAUUAUGAGGUUCAUGCGAACAUUAUGACUAUGAGUGCACAAUCUGCAGUCUUGUACCACAUUAAGAGUUUAACUCUGUUUAUGAUAAAGAGGGCGUACUCAGUCUCUUUAUAUUUACAUUUGCAGCUAUGCUUUCGUCUCUGUCACGCACAUUGGAUAUAUAAAAUUGACUGAAGAUUGACUGACAGUCAUGGACAUUUUAGGAUUGUGCAUCAAAAUUCAAAAAACAUGGAUUACGUUAUAUGAUAACUGAUGUUUGAAGGUGUACUGGUUCCGAAGAUUAUUGUAACCUCUGUGAUAAGCAUUGAUAGACGAUUUUGAAACUGUAUAUUUGGUAGCAAAAGAGUGUGAGAAAUAACAGGGUGAAAAUAUAUUCAACUUCAUACUCUUAUUUAUACCAAGCAAGAUGCUUAUAUACAGGCUUUGUAAUCAAUUGAUGUAUUCUAUCUAUAAAUGUGAACUAUUACUGUCAGUUCAACAAAAGCAAUUUUGUGAAUCGAAAAUAUCUUAAAUUAUUAUUGCCAUAAUGCACUGCUUCAUAUGCUCAUGUAAGACGCGACUUUGAUUCAAACAUUCCUUUCGUACUUAAAUGUUGAAUGUUCAUAGACAUGCUGUUACAUAGAUAAGUAGAAGGUAAUGUUAACAUGUGAAAAAAUACUUACACAUGUAGACAAGUGCAAUUGGUAUAAAGUGGGUAAACAAUUGUCUAUUAACAUAUACAUUUCUCAUCAAACUUUUAUCAUAACAAGGCCAAAGAGCUUUCUUGAACUUUGAAACCUCAACAUUUUUCAUUGUUCAUUUGUUCUCAAGCAUAUAUAGGGGUGACUGCAUAUUGUGAUCUCAUGCUGGCUCUAAAGUAUUCACAUGUAGUGUUGUACUGUAUACAGUUCAGCAAAUAUACACAAACUAGAAUUCAAAUAGGAAUUUUUUUAAUGGAAAACUGACCAGUAUGAUAUCAAAAUAUGGAAUUGUAGAAAUAGAAUGAAUACUCAUUAAUAAGUCCUAAUUAUGAGUUAUAUGCCAAAAAUUCAGUUAGUUGUAAAGUGAAGAUGAUCGAAAUUCAUACUCCUGGGUUUUAUAUUUUUUAUGGUAUUAUUAUGAAUAAAUGUGAUAUAGAGUUGGGUGCAACUUGGGAGUGCUCUAAUUCAAACUUAUAGGAAUAGAUGGGGAGGUGGCAAUACAUGUAUUGUUAGAUAGGUUUAGAAGUACUCAUUAAGUGACAAAAUCUGAAUAUGAAAUUAUUGUACACUAAUCUUCUAACAAUGUUGUUGGACUUAGAUUUUUGAAUGGUUAGAUUUGAAAAAGUUUUCAAAGUGAAUUUUUGCUGUUUUACAUCAAAUGUUUCGUUAUCCAGCUCUGCUUUCAUGAAUAGUUGUAAAUGAGAGUAUACAUUCGAGCAUAUGGCAAAUAUUCCAACUAAUCAUAUAUCAAUUGAUGAAUAUUCUUGUGGGUUUCAUAUUGUUGUAAACAAAAAUUACCAAUUUAUUCACCCGUUUGUCUUGUUGGGUGUAUAUACAAGUACUAGAUGUAAUGAAAUAGACUGAUCUGGUAGUGUUAGUGCCAUGUACUA